CGCGCCGUUCUGCAGUGUUCGCAACAGAUGCUCACCUUGCCGUGGCACGCACUCGCACGCGCACUCGCAUUCGCAACUAGCGCAGGUCCUCUUCAUCCUCACUGUCGCUCUGCAAUCACAGGGUCUUGACGGGUUAUACGUAGUUUGACGACCAUAGCAGACACUGCUGAGCAACCAACGUCUGCACAAUGUCGGCGCCAAUCUUUGCGCAAGAGGCGACGCAAGAGCGGGCAGAGAAUGCUCGUUUAUCUUCCUUUGUCGGUGCGCUGGCCCUGGGAGACUUGGUCAAGACCACGCUGGGUCCCAAAGGCAUGAACAAGAUCCUUCAGAGCGUAGGAUCCAACGACAUCGUAGUCACCAAUGAUGGAGCCACGAUUCUGAAAUCCAUCCACCUAGACAAUCCAGCUGCCAAAAUCCUCGUCAACAUUUCCAAGGUGCAGGAUGACGAGGUUGGAGAUGGAACGACGUCGGUCUGCGUGCUUGCUGCUGAACUGCUCAGAGAGGCGGAAAAGUUGAUCGAGAUGCGCAUACAUCCUCAGACCAUCGUAGAGGGAUAUCGCAUCGCUACCGCAGCCGCAUUGAGAGCCCUGGACGCAUCUGCAAAGGACAAUGGAAAGGUGCCCGAAGCAUUUCGACAGGAUCUCUUCAACAUUGCCAAAACAACGCUCUCCUCCAAGGUGCUGUCUGCCGACAAGGACUACUUUGCCAAUCUGGCAGUGGACGCCGUGCUCAGGCUAAAAGGCUCGACAAAUUUGGAGAAUAUACAAAUCAUCAAAAAGGUCGGCGGCAAGUUGGAGGAUAGCUACCUGGACGAAGGAUUCAUUCUCGACAAGCGCAUCGGCACCAACUGCCCCAAGCGUCUGGAAGGGGCAAGGAUCCUCAUCGCCAACACCUCGAUGGACACGGACAAGAUCAAAGUUUUCGGAGCUCGAGUCAAGGUUCAGGGAACCGGCCAAUUGGCGGAGCUGGAGAGAGCAGAGAGGGAAAAGAUGAAGGCAAAAGUGGACCGCAUCAAGGCGCACGGCAUCAACUGCUUCAUCAACAGGCAGUUGAUCUACAAUUACCCCGAGAGCAUUCUGGCAGAGGCGGGCAUCAUGAGCAUCGAGCAUGCCGACUUUGAAGGAGUCGAAAGGCUGGCUUUGGUCACUGGAGGCGAGAUUGCUAGCACGUUCGACAGGCCGGACUUGGUCAAGCUCGGUGCUUGCGAUACCAUCGAGGAGAUCAUCAUUGGCGAGGACAGGCUCAUCAAGUUCUCUGGGGUUGCUGCGGGAGAGGCUUGCACAGUGGUGCUGAGAGGUGCGACUACUCAAAUGGUGGACGAGGCCGAAAGAUCGCUGCACGAUGCUCUCAGCGUACUCUCUCAAACGGUCAAGGAGACGCGGGUGACUUUGGGAGGAGGUUGCGCUGAGAUGGCCAUGAGCAAAGAGGUGGAUGAGGAAGCUAGAAAGACUCCUGGAAAGAAGGCCAUUGCUGCCGAAGCCUUUGGACAUGCUCUCAGGCAGCUGCCAACGAUCCUCGCAAACAAUGCGGGUCUGGAUUCAUCCGAUCUCGUCGCGCGUCUACGAGCCGCUCAUCAGGGGGGCGACUCCUCUGCCGGUCUCGAUUUGAAUGCCGGCAAAGUUGCUAGCAUGAUCGAUCUGGGCGUAACGGAAAGCUACAAGCUCAAGAGAGCGGUGGUCAACAGCGCGGCCGAGGCUGCCGAGCUGAUUCUUCGUGUUGACGACGUGCUCAGGGCGACACCGAGGAAGCGCGAGGCGCAUUGAGAUAUCAGAGCAUGCGGAGGGAGGGGGGCAAGCGCGUCCCUGUGAUGCGACGAAAAUGUAUACUUUGGUGCGCGUACAUGACGGACAGCGAGCGAAUUUGGGGUAUUGUACAAGUGGGAGGCACCAUAAACAGGCGAGGCGUGCACAGGUAGCGA